GUUGCUUUUGAAGAAGUAUUUGCCGAGCCAGAAGGGAUGCAUAGUUUUGAUGCAAUAUGGAGGUAUGCAUUCAUUACGUUUACUGGUGUCAAGUUCUGGUGUUACCGUAUUACUACAUGUAUCUGUGGCAUACCAUGCGCUGUGUGCUGGGGUAUCGAGUUUGCCUGUUUGACGUUCUGGCACGUCUGGUACGUGGUGCCAUACACUAAAGCCUGGCUCAUAUCUAUCAACUGGUUACAGCGACUAUGGCAGAUAUGGAUAUCCUGUUUUAUGGAUCCCUUAUUUGACUCGUUUAGUAGAAUAUUUUCCAAUAUCAAAGUCACUGUUAACAGGGACUGACCAACUAACAAUUCGAGAGCUGACUAUAUUUCCAAUUUGUUCAUCAUCUCAGGGCUCGCUAAUUGUGUCUUGUUUACGGUUUUAGCGUUAAAACAAAAGGCGAACUCGCUUUCAUUAUAUCAACAAUGAUAAAUCAUGCGACCAAACGCGAGACUCCAUGGAAAUCUUGAUAUUGUUAAAUUCCGAAACGACAUUCAAAAGUUAGGAAUCUAUCAUCCCGUGCCACGAGAUUUAAAAUAUAUUUGUUUACCAUUAUAACACUUGCUAAUAAAUCUAAUAAUUAUAAUGAUAAAUGUUUAAACAUAUAUUCAUUAUAUUUUUCAUAUCUCAGAGGGAUCAUAACGUUUGUCAAAUUCGGUCGAUAAUUUGAACCAUUUUCCGAAAUCCAGCAAUAAUAAACUGGUGUCGUUUUAGAGGCUGAUCAUAACGUGCCAACAUGUACGUAUUUCUGUAUUUUUAAAUGAUGAUAUUCUACUAAUUCAUUGAUAGCACUGGGGUUUUUAAGUCACGUGUCAAAGUAGCAAGAAUGAAUGCGAGUUUUAAUUUGAUUGCGUUGAGCGAUUACUAACUUCGACUUCUUAGAGUCUUUCGAUGCGUUUCAACCAUCCCAGGAAUUACACAACCUCCUCAAGUAUAAACUUAACGUCUAUGAAAUUAGUUAGUAAUGAUUUUAUGAUAAUUAUGAAAGAAACAAAUCUAACAUUAAGCAUGUUAUCAAGAAUUAAAUUACAUUUUACUAGUA